AUGGGGAGGGCAGCCCCAACCCUCCUGGCCCUGAUCAGCCUAACAGUGACUAUGUAUGAUGCCCAGGACACCUGCCCAGAGAUGAAAAUAGUGGGACUGGGUGAUGCUGACCGGCUCACUGUACUCCAAGGAUGCCCAGGGAUCCCAGGUGCCUCCGGCCCAAAAGGAGAACCAGGUCUCCCAGGAACAAAAGGAGAAAUGGGAACCCAGGGACUCCCUGGGAAAGCAGGACCACCUGGUGCAAAAGGAGCAGCUGGAGAGUCUGGCUUCCCAGGACCAAAAGCCAGGAACUGCCAAGAGCUGUUGGGUAAAGGGAAGAUCCUGAGCGGCUGGUACACCAUCUAUCCACAAGGCUGCAAUGCCACCACCGUCUUCUGCGACAUGGACACAGAUGGUGGAGGAUGGAUUGUUUUCCAGAGGCGCUGGGAUGGCUCAGUGAGCUUUUUGCGAGAUUGGGAUUCAUACAAACGAGGCUUUGGCAACCAACUGACAGAGUUCUGGCUGGGGAAUGACAACAUCCACUUCCUCACCUCACUGGGACGCUGUGAACUCCGUAUUGACCUGAGAGACUUUGAAAACAACUACUAUUUUGCCAAGUACGCUUCAUUCAGGGUUUUAGGAGAGUCUGAGAAAUACAAACUGGUUCUAGGAGACUUCCUCGGUGGAAACGCCGGAGACUCCUUAUCAUACCACAAGGACAUGCCAUUUUCAACAACAGACCAGGACAACGACAUGAGCUCCUUUAAUUGUGCCACAGAAUACAAGGGAGCGUGGUGGUACAAUGACUGCCAUUACUCCAACCUGAAUGGGAUGUACUGGCUGGGCGUUCAUGGGAGCUACGCUGAUGGCAUAAACUGGAAGACAGGCAAAGAAUACCAUUACUCCCAUAAGCGAACGGAAAUGAAAUUCAGGACAGUUUAACAUGGCAAGAGGGUGUCUGACCCUGACCAACAGGUGCCACUCAACAGCCAAGAGAAGAUACAAAACAUAAUGUUUGAGG